AUGUCGAAAGAGUCUGACACCGGGAACGGUAAGCUGAAAGUUCUCGCGCUGCAUGGUUACCGCCAAAAUGCGGACACAUUUAAAGCCAAGCUAGGAUCGUUUCGCAAGUUCUUGAACAAGUAUGUCGAGUUUGUGUUUAUAUCAGCACCUCACACUGCAGCACCCCUUGAAGCCGGGGGCGAACUCGAUCCAAACCAACGGAGCUGGUGGUUCAACAAGGAAGACCGAACAUUUAAGGGCACUAAUCAAGGUGGGCCGGCAUACGGUUUUGAUGAAAGCUUGAGGCAUGUGGAGAAGACCUGGCAAACGGAGGGUUGCCAGGGAUUGUUGGGCUUUUCGCAAGGUGCCUGCUUUGUCGGAUUACUCUGUGAUUUGAGUGCAAGAGGGAUGACAACUAUGAAACCACAAUUCGCAGUUCUUGCGUCCGGCUUUCGAUCCGGAAGUUUAGUGCAUUUGAACUAUUACGAAAACAAGAUACAGGUUCCGUCACUUCAAAUUUUCGGAGAGACUGAUGAAAUCAUCACAAAAGAUAUGAGUGAAUCUUUAGCGGAAACCUUCCUUGACCCUGAAGUCGUAACUCAUGCGGGAGGGCACUACUUUCCUGCGCAAGCAGCACUGAAGGAAACUUAUGUGGAAUUUUUCCGCGACCAAUUGCAACAACACCUUGAAGCCAAAGAACUGCUGAACGCAACGGAAGCGAACAGUUUCCACAUUGAGGAACGUGCAGAAAUGGAAGUACCGCAUGAACACAGCGAAAGCGAUUCGGAUUCCGAUUAAUAAAACACCACACGAACUGAAUUAAAAGUUUGACUCCAGUAAGUUGCAUAGAAUUCUCCCUAACUUCUUCAUUUCAUUUCCAUAAUUUAAUUACUCAAAACCAUACGAAUAAAAUUACCCAAAAAAGGAAAUAAGGUGAAGAUAUACUAUCCCUGUGUGUGUAUAGCAUUUCCGUGGCA